GUUACGCAUCGCAGCAAAGACAAAACGAUGCUCUCCCCAGCUGCACACGACCCCCCUCACGUCCCCGACACCCACGUGUGAUGUGACUGUCCUGCCGCCCCUCCGUUCGUCUGCUCGACAAGACGAUGUUGUCAUCGCCGUUGCCUCCCCACCCCUCACACCCCGACCCCCUCCACGAGCGGCCGUGGCUCAAGUACCAGCCCGGCGCCAAGCGCACCAGAGAUGGCUGGGUGGUCGGCGCUGCCCGAGGCCAGGGCGUUAUCAGGGAGCGGCAGCGAUGGGAGACCGCCUUCAGGCUCAAACGACACAGAGAGCUGCUCGCAAGAAAGCCGCCCCAUGGUGGGCACGGUGGAGGGGGCGGGCGCGAUGGCGGUGGCGGUGGUGUUGGGUUGUCGCCGUCUUGGUCCGAGGCGACGAUGUUGGAGCACCGCCACCCUGCGUUCCCCCCUGCCCCCUCCUGUCAUUACAGCAAGGGUUACUGGGACACGAUGAGCUGCCUCAGCACAGCCACAGGCGGGCCGUGUGGGGGAACCGGCUCGUGCCGACCUGACACAGGUAAGUAACAUUGGACCGAGGGAGAGAGGGAGAGGGGUGGAAUAUGUUGACUGUUGUGUGUGUGUGAUUCAGCGAGCGGCAGCAGCAGCCUGACCCCUCACUGCUCAGCUGAGACGAGCCCCCUCUCUCUCCCCAUCCCGGUGCGGCGCACCCUCCCCCCCUCUCCCUCCAUCGCCCCAUCGGCAGCCGCAUCAUCUGUGUGCUCGUCAACCACAUGUGGUACCGACACCACACAAGCCAAGCGCAAAGGAGACCACGGCAGCAGCAGUGCGUCCGCGGCUGAUCACGGCAGUGGGAGUGGUGGGUCGUCAUCUGCCAAGGCAGAGGAGGUCUCUGCUGCUGCAGCGGCCGAUGCAGAGCCGGGGGACGGUGGAGACGAUGGCGAUGGCGUGGGUGACGAUUGGUCGCCUGAUUUGCAGAUACGGGAGGUUCUCGACUGUUUGCCAAAAGGUGCGUGUGGCGCAGACACACAGACACACACACACACACACACAGAUGGCCUGGUGUGUGUCAUGACACAGGAGAAGUGUCCGAGUAUCUGGUGUGGAGCAAGUGUGUGACGCCUCUUCGUGGUGUGGCCCUGCGUGAGGAGGACUUGCGCGUGGUGUGCGAGCGGCUCAGCAGCGAGUGGGCUGACGGGAUUUCUGUCCAAUCGGAUCAGUCGGAUGGCGUGCAUACACCACACACACACACACAUAGCAACACCUCACACAAGGCCCGUGGGAAUCGAUAAAUCAAUCAGUGAGGGACCACCGUAGGACCGCAUACGUGUACUUAUGUAGCCAGCCGAUCGUAGCUAGCCUCCCAGCACACCACAGCACACCACAGCACUCGAUGAAUGGAUUGGUCUGCCUUCCGCCCUUGGCUCUCUUCUUUUUUUCUCCCUCUCGCUCGCUCGUGGACUGCCCGCGUUUUUGGGUCACAGGAAGGAAAGACGCUCUUGGCUGCUGACUGAUGGGAUGAAAUUGGGAUGGGAGGGGAAUGACCGAGUGAGUGAAAAGGUAAGUCGCUCAAUGGUGUGCGUAUGUGUGUAUGUGUGCGUGUACAUGUGCACGUGUAUGGCGAGCUCGAUCGAAGUUUAUAUGCCUCUGUUGCUGGUGGGCGGCGGGUGGAUGGAUGGUGUGGGUGGGUGGGUGGCAGAAGGCCUUUUGGUUGGCCUGGUUUGCCUGGUUUGCCUGCUUGGCUGACCGGCCAUCCAUUCAUCCAUUCGUCCGUAUGUGCAUGCCAUGCCAUGUGAUGUAUCUCUUUAUGGCAUUGCACCCAUUGCACCCAUUGCACUGCAUACCAUACACACCAUAUAUAUUAAACACACCACACAAAGAAGGGAAAAGGUGUGUAGUUUCAGUCAUGAUCGCACGCACGUCACGCCACGCAAAGCACAACAAUUAGGGAGGAUUUGGGGCAUACUCUCUCUCUCUGUCUCCCCUGAGCGACACCACAGCGUCUUGCACACGAAGGUACGUUGGGGCGUGUGUGUGUCCCAGGGUGUGUGUCUGGUUGUGCCCACGGUGUGUGUCUGGUGGCCGGUGGGCGAUGUGCUCAGAGCAAAAACGCUCGGGCGAUGGAUGGGCACACAGAGAGGUCUGUGUGGUUUUUGUGUCGUCUGACACAGACAGACGGAUAUUCGGCUGGCUGUACAUUGGCUGACGGAUUAGAGAUGAGACGCGAUAAGUCAGUCGAGUAGUAAUUCAGCUCAAUUAUGACCAUGGACAGUGAACGGUGUGUGGGAGAGGAGACAUUGAAUGCAUUGGCACCACGCACGCGAGACAGACUCACGCCGUGGAUACGUUUUUCUAACAUG